CUUCACACGUGCGGUAAACGUUAGGACUUGGUGCUUGUAACAGAGCUUAGAGAGUUCGUAGAGCCACAAAACUACUUAAAUAAAAUACGCAUUGCGUCUUGUUGCUCUUUCCAAACUUAGGUGAAAGAAAAUAGUCCUCCGUGAAGCAUUUCGCCGAGAGGGCCGGAAUACCAGAAAAAACUGUUCACGAUGACUGAAGCUCAAGUGAACCCAAAGGCCUACCCCCUUGCCGACGCCACGCUGACCAAAACCAUCCUGGACCUGGUGCAGCAAGCCUCAAACUACAAACAGCUGAGGAAGGGGGCUAACGAAGCCACUAAAACCCUGAACAGAGGCAUCGCUGAGUUUAUUGUGAUGGCUGCUGAUGCUGAACCACUGGAGAUCAUUCUCCACCUGCCACUGCUCUGUGAGGACAAGAACGUCCCGUACGUGUUUGUCCGGUCCAAGCAGGCCCUGGGCCGGGCCUGUGGGGUGUCGCGCCCUGUCAUUGCUACCUCAGUCACCAUAAAGGAGGGGUCUCAGCUCAAACCGCAGAUUCAGUCUGUUCAACUGGCUAUUGAGAGACUUCUUGUGUGAAUUUUUUGUUUGUUUUUUUCUGUUGUGACAAAGUCUCCUUGAAGAAGGAGACAUAUUCCAGAUUGAAAAUAAUCUUGUCUCCUGUUUGAUUAAAAAGAAAUGGUUGUUAUGCAUGACAAGAAUUUUUUUCUUACUUUUUAGGACAGUGCGUCCAUUUCAGUUUGCCAAAGCAUUGUCUGAUUCAUAAUAAAAUUUUUAUUUAAA